AUGACUUUCCCUUUGCCGCCAGGUCGGGUAGUGGUUGUAGGCGACGUGCAUGGCUGCAGUGAUGAGCUGAAAGAUUUGCUGGAGGCCUCCCAGUUCCACCCAAGCUUGGAUGAGCUCGUGUUCGUGGGAGACCUCAUCGGGAAAGGUCCUUCGCCCGAGGAAGUGGUCCGUAUCGCGCGAAAGUACUCAGCGAAAGCAGUCCAGGGAAACCACGAGUACAACCUCUUGCAAUGGCGGAAGCGUGGUGGCAUACUUCCGGAUCCUGAAGGGCGAAUCAAAGAAAGGUACGCCGCAACUGUGAAAGGGCUAGAGGAAGACGAGUGGGAUUGGUUGGAGUCCCUUCCGUUGAAGCUUCAGCUGGAUUUGCCUCAGUCUCCUUUGCCUGUCAUGGUGGUUCAUGCUGGUCUUGUACCAGGUGUUUCAAUCGAGCAACAAGAGCCGGAGAAUCUGGUCAAUUUGCGCAGCUUCGACCACGAAGGUCGCGCUUCCAAACAAUACGAUGCGGGUGGCGGUGGUUGGGCCAGGCACUGGCGUGGCCCCAUGCAGGUGAUUUUUGGCCACGAUGCUCGUCGAGGUUUGCAACGAGAACCCUUCGCCAUAGGUUUGGACACAGGUGCAGUUUAUGGCGAUGAGUUGACGGCGCUACUUUUGCCAAAAAAUUUGGAUCGGUCUUUGGCGCACUUGGAACCGCAACAUUUUGCACAGGUCCGAGCACGACGAGCGUACGCCCAGAAGAGUGAUGACCUCAAAAGCACGCAAUGA